AUGGAUAUGAUAGAUGUGGAUGCUCUAAGUAGCAAAACUGGAAACUAUGAAAAAUUGAACUGCAUGCAAGCGGGAAGACAUAACAAAAACCAACUCAAUUGGGUUAGAUGUAAAACUGAUGCUAGCUUGGUGAUCAAUGAAAUCUUGGGAUUAAGUGUGAUCUUCACUAAAAAGGACAACCACAUAAUCAACACGGCUACCAGAAGAAUGAAGGGACCAAAUCAACCUCUGGAAGCGGAAGCUAUGGAAAUUUGCAUGGCCAUGGAGAGUGCAAUAUCCAAAGAUUACAGAAAGGUGGUGUUCGGAUCAAAUAAUUCUAGUAUCAUUGAGAUGAUGCAAGGCAUGUAUGGUGGCAAUACCCAGAUCUAA